CGACAAUAUCCCACCUUCGCCGGUCAUCCCGAGCACCCAUGGAUAGACUUGCUCCUUCAGCGUUUCAGGUGCCCAAUUCAUUCUCAAAACACCAUCAUCCGUAUUUCACACCAGCAGAGGUACAGCACCUUUCCGACAAGCAGCGCGGAAAGCUCUCGGUUUCGCAGGAAGAAAGGGCAAGACAGCAGGCUUGCGGAUUUAUAGAAGCUGUCAGCUCAAAGAUCGGGUUUCCUCGGAGAACCAUCGCGACAGCUCAGAACUUGUAUCAACGCUUUCACUUAUUCUUUCCAAGGAAGGACUUCAGUUACCUAUGUCAAGAGAUACUGAUGGUGGCCUACGCCGUUCGAUUCCCCGAGUUGGCCGCAAAAUCGAAAACCAUCGGUGGUGAAGUCGAUAUGGAUCCGAUGACGGUGGAACAUGACCGCCAGCGGGUGCUUGCUGUCGAGAGACUGAUUUUGGAGACCAUCUGCUUCAACUUUACAUCCAAAAUGCCUUUCCCCUACGUUAUCAAACUCGGUAGGAAAUUAGGAGCGUCUAAGAAGCUCAUCAAAUUUGCAUGGCGUCUAACUGUCGACAGUCAUCGGACUCCCGUUCCGCUUAUGUACCCUCCAAACACCGUUGCAUUGGGAUGUAUCUACACAGCCGCUCUUCUAUCGACGAUAGAGCCUACACCAUCUUCGAAUACGAAUGACGAAUCCGAUCGGAAAGUCGCGAAUUUAUUGAGACAAAAAGGGGACUGGGAGGCCACGUACAUGGCGGAGGCCGAGGAUUUGGAAGAGAUUGCCCACAUACUCAUCGACUUGCUCAUGCAAGCCGCCCAAAACCCGUCCGCGAAUACUUCGCCGAGGACACCUUCGUCGCCUUCCCCACACCCAUCUCCGCGAAAUCAGCACUUUUCUUCGGGCGGCUCUCCGCACAUUCCGCAAAUACCAUACAAGUCCGACCAGCUGCUUCAAUUGAAGAUUGCAAUGAGGGAAAACGAACACCCGCCUCGGCCGGAUAGGCCGCUGAGUAACCCCGAUCUGAGCGCAAUGUAUAGUGGGAAUGACGUCGUUUUACUUGGGAAGAAUGAAGGAACUGUGAGGUUUCUGUUCGGACCUCCGGGCGUGGUGGGUCAUGGGGUGUAGACUACCAGGGAACUUACCGUGGCAAUCAUGAUGGAACCGUUCUUUUACGAGUUGAAAUAUUUUGGAAUAUGGUGCAGCAGAUUUAAUAAUUCACUGACAAUUGUAUUGCACACGUAAAGAUGGUUACCCUUUUUUGCAUAUCUAGAAGUUGCUGGGAGGUGUACGAAAACCGGACCAUCG